UGAGAAUUUGAAGUGCUGGUUUUGGGUUUUUAGCGUUUUUUUCCUGCUCGGGAUUCAAGUUUUUUUUUUAGUGUGCAGUCAUUCUGAAUGGGGUUUAUUCUCAUACUCAGAUGCUCAAUGUGUCAAGGAUGAAAGUGGUUUUUACAUCGAUCUGGCAGUUUCGCAUUUUUGCGCGUUGAGGUUUUGAAACAUUUUUUCUUUUUCUUUUUUUUGUCUUUUUGUUUUCUAUCAUAGACUUUUGCUGUAUUUGCGCUUUGCUUUGUAUUUGGCGGUGUGGCUCGUAAGAGUUUUGGGAUUUUCAUGGUCGCCGAGCAAAAGCAUCUGCUUUUAUUUCAUCUCUCUUUUCUUUACAGAAGUCCUUUUUAAACCUGGUGAUGUUUUAAUGUGAAACUUUUCUCGCAGAUUGCAGAUUUACUUGUUUUGUUUUGCUUUUUCACCCUAAUCUUUGAUUUUUCUAUUUCCUCUACUUUCCUGCAGAUUUCAGUGUCAGAUAUUUUUUUGCGGAUGUUGUCUUUUUAUGAUAUGGUUAAUGCACACGAAGUGCAUGUGAAGUGAAGUGUGUCUUUUGGGAAAGGAUCUAUGCAGUUUUUCUUUUUUUUCUUUUUCUUUUUUUCUUUUUCUUUUUUGGUUUCCGUGCCCACGAUGACGAACAGACGAUUCUCCUUUCGCAGGAGAGCCAGCAGAAAAGGAUGACUGGUAAGAGUCAAACAAGCAACGUGACCAACAAGAAUGACCCACGUUCCCUCAACUCCAGAGUCUUUAUCGGAAACCUCAACACAGCCAUUGUCAAGAAGGCCGACAUCGAGGUCAUCUUUGCCAAGUACGGCAAGAUUGUGGGCUGCUCCGUGCACAAGGGUUACGCCUUUGUCCAGUACAUGAGUGAGAGGAACGCCCGGGCUGCCGUCGCCGGGGAGAAUGCCCGGAUCAUAGCAGGACAACCGCUGGAUAUCAACAUGGCUGGAGAGCCCAAACCGUACAGGCCCAAAGCUGGCUCUAAAAGACCCCUAUCUGCUGUGUACACUGGAUAUGAAUUUGACUAUGACUACUACCGUGAGGAUUUCUAUAAUCGGCUCUUUGACUAUCACGGACGGGUGGCCCCGCCUCCACGGGCCGUCAUCCCUCUGAAACGUUCGCGUGUCGUGGUGCCGUCAACGCGGAGAGGAAAGACUUCCUUCUCCAUCAAAACCUCCACCUCUUCAUCCUCACGGCCACCCUCGUCCUCCUCCUCCUCCUUUUCCUCCGGCCUCAAGCUGAAGACAGAUCAACUUCAGACAAUCAAGCGUGAGCUGACUCAGAUCAAGCUGAAGAUCGACUCUCUCCUGGGCCGCCUGGAGAAGAUAGAGAAGCAGCACAGAGCCGAGGCGGAGGCUCAGAGGAAAUAUGAGGAUAACUGUGACUCGCUACAUGAGGAGUCCGUGUCAGAGACGGCAGAGAACUCGGCUGAGGAGGCAGGCGAAGGGACGCUAGAUGCAGAGGCUGGAGAGAUGACCGACGGAGGAGAGGACGACUACGAUGAAGAGGGUAGCACUGAUCUGAUAGAGAACCAUGUGUCUGACAUUGACAACUAAAGGCUGUGCCAACUGGGAAAUCAACGCUGCUUUGUCACUGCAGUGUCGGGGGGAAGGAAGGACGACAUGAAACUGUGGGAAGAGCUUAAAAAAGGGGGUGAAGAACAAAAAAAGAACUAAUAAAUCAACUUUUAAAGAGACAAUGAGAGAAGGCGUAUGACUGGUCCUGGUGAGAGGCGAAGCAGCGCGCACUCAUGGACAAAUCUCUCACGGCCAGGCGUUAUCAAUCGCUCAGCAUUUCACUGGCCUUCAUUUGAUUACCUUGAAAUAUUCAUUCGUUCAGAGGACGGAGCUUAACAUUGCUUGUAUAGAGUGAAAAUAAAAAUGAACUACUGAGAGCUGAUUAUAUGCUUUUUAAAGUGGUUUUACAAAUAUAUUAUGAUUUGUCGUGGCAUUAAACGAUGCAUAAUCUUGGUUCUCCAUGCGUAAUGUUCCAGCUUGAAUAUUUCGGUUUUGUUUUCAUUAAAUAUCUGAAUGAAUUCGUCUUUUUUUGUCUGUGUGAGAAUUCAUGUAAAUAAAGUGGCAAUCUGUGUGUGUGGGGGGGGGGUUAUAAUGUUAAAGAGAAUGCAGUGCUGUUAGUAAGACAAGAAGAUUUAUCAUCAUUCAUCACCACACACGUUUCUUCCAUUGGAUUUUUCCAUUCUGCAGCAGAGGAAAGCAGAUGCUGCAGUGGCUGCUGUGGCUUCCCCUCUGGCAAACACUGCCAUGUGUCUGUUUGCAGUCAUACUCAUCUCUCUCUCUCUAUCCAUCUCUAAUUCCCUCUUUGUCCCUUUUUUUCAUUUCGUCCUCCCUCCAUUUCUCUAUCUUGCCAUCAUGCCAUCUUUCUCAUCAGCCCCGGUCUCAUUCUCAUUCUUUUCUUCAGCUUCUCACAGUGCUGUGUAAUAACCGCCUCAGGUGUGCCGUCCCCAUGCAAGCUUUCAGCAGUGGUGAUUAUGUUUACUUUAAUGUUCUACUGUUCACACCCCAUUAAUUCAAUGAUGUCCAAACAUUUGGUUGGUUUCUCGAACCAGUGCUGCACCUGCGCCGAAAUGACAAAUCCCCCUUCAGUCAAUCCAGAAAACUAGCCCAAAGACUUUCAGCACUGUACUGCCAUAUCACAUCUGUAGAUUGGCCACAUCUGUCCUGAGAAAUAUCACAAAAUUGACUAGCAUUUGUUCCAUGUUUAUCCUUUUGCCUGGUUCGGAGUCAUGUGUUUUAUUAUGUAGGUUUAUGUGCCAUUGCGUUGCAUUGCAGCUUUCUUUCUUGUGCAUAUAUGUCCGUGUGAGAAGAGAGUCCUGAUCUGAAAUUCAGAUGUUUCUACACAUGUAAUUCCACUUACAGCAUGUUUAAUAGAUGAUAAACUCCAGUUACACCACAUCUCAGUUAUUCACUGAUUCGAGUUACACAGCAUUGAUAGUGGACUCUAUUUUUGUAUGGCAAAUUUUGAUGGCUUUAGAAAGUUUUUUGUUUUGUAUUUUUGUUUUUGUUGGUUUUUGAUUUUUCUCUCAAUGUCCUAACUAUCUGUCUUGCAUCUGAUCUCGGUAUAAUGUGACGGAGAAUGUAAGGAAAUUGAUAUAACAAAAAAAAACACAAAACAUGGUUACCAGCAUCAGAAGUCAUUUCUCAUUGUGGGCAGCGUGUCUAUAUUAUGCCUUUUUCUUUACUUUUCUUUUCUUUUUUUUUAAAUUUAACAUUUCAGAGAAUAUGCUAUUAUAUACCGUCUACAAUAAAAACUGGCCCUCAUCUGCCCAAGGACACGAUCCAUUGAACAAAAACAUGUAUAGAAAUGUAUACAAUUUUUAAAGCUAUUUUUUAUGAUGAGCAUGUUUAUUAUUUUAAUGGAAUUUCUGUUUCCAUUCAGUUGUUGCAUUUAUUGUAUGGCUUUAGACUCCAUUCCAUAGAGAAAGAGCAUUAUUAAAAAUCAAUGGAUGUGA